UUUAGCAACGGACCAACAGUCCAGCUCCAGGAGCGAGCGAGAGAGCGAGCGAAAUGGCACGUUCUUCCUGCGCUCGCACGGGGUCACGGGUGACGCGGUGCUUCCCAUGCUACGACGGCGACAGGACCGGCGAGUUCAACGGCUGCAACGUCCCCAACGAUCUCCUGCCAUCGCUGGGCGCCACCGCCGCCACCCAGCCGACCGCCGGCAAGCUCAGCAAGUACCUGGUCUCGCCUUACGGCCGGCGCUACAGGGUGUGGGAGACGUUUCUGAUCUUGCUGGUGGUGUACUCGGCGUGGAUAUGCCCGCUGGAGUUCGCGUUCCUGAGGUACCUGCCCCGCGCGCCUUUUGUCGUGGACAAUGUCGUGAACGGCUUCUUCGCGGUCGACAUCCUGCUCACUUUCUUCGUGCCCUACGUCGACAACAAGUCUUACCUUGUCGUCGACGAUCCGAAGAAGAUCGCACUCAGGUAUCUGUCGACCUGGUUCAUCUUUGACGUUUGCUCCACGGUUCCAUUCCGCUCCAUCACCCACCUCUUCACCAGGCACGAGCACAGCCUCGGCCUCAAGUUCCUCAACGUGCUUCGCCUCUGGCGGCUGCGCAGAGUCAGUUCCUUAUUUGCAAGGCUUGAGAAGGACAUCCGUUUCAACUACGCCGUGAUACGCUGCACAAAGCUCAUCUCGGUCACUCUGUUCGCGGUGCACUGCGCCGGGUGCAUCAACUACCUGAUCGCGGACAGGUACCCGGACCCGGCGAGGACCUGGAUAGGCGCGGCGCACCCGGACUUCAGGGAGGACGGGCUGUCGGUGCGCUACGUCACGUGCCUCUACUGGUCCAUCACCACCAUGACCACCACCGGCUACGGCGACCUGCACGCCCAGAACGCCAGGGAGAUGCUCUUCGGCAUCUCCUACAUGCUCUUCAACCUCUGGCUCACCGCCUACCUCAUCGGCAACAUGACCAACCUCGUCGUCCACAGCACCAGCCGCACCAGAGACUUUAGGGACAUGGUUCAGGCUGCCACGGAAUUCGCGGCGAGGAACCAGCUACCGCGGCAGAUAGAGGAGCAGAUGCUGAACCACAUAUGCCUGAGGUUCAAGGCAGAGGGGCUCAAGCAGCAGGACACACUGGACAUCCUCCCCAAGGCGAUGAGAUCGAGCAUAUCGCUUUAUCUCUUCUUCCCGGUGGUUCAGGGCGCCUACCUGUUCAGGGGAGUCUCCCCAAGCUUCAUCCAACAACUGGUAACGGAGAUGGCGGCCGAGUACUUCGCCCCAAAGGAAGACAUCAUACUGCAGAACGAGUACCCAUCGGACCUACACCUUCUUGUGACCGGAGAAGUGGAUAUUGUGGCGUUCCUAGAUGGGACAGAGCAGGUUUAUGGAAAGGCGACUGAGGGAGGACUGCUAGGGGAGAUUGGGGUACUGUGCAACAAGCCACAGCCGUUCACUUUCCGGACGACCAAGCUAUCUCAGGUUCUAAGGAUCAGUAGGCCCAAGCUGAUGGAUAUCAUCCAGGAAAAUGCAGAAGACGGCGAAAUCAUCAGGAUCAAUCUUGAGCAAGUAAACGUCUAAGUAACGUGCACCCUAUCAAGGUAUACACGGAAUGAAUGUAUUGGCUUUGUGUACUUCAAAUAUACCAAAAUUGAAGUAUGGAACUAUGAAAGGAUACACCAAAAUGAUCUGGGGACUGGACAAAGGCUGAAUCCUUGAGACGGUCUCUCGCCUAUUGAAGAACGCGACUUUCUAUUUAGCACAACAGUUUAAGUGUCCAAGACCCCGUAUGUAUAUAGUAUUAUGACUUUAACGGGUGUAACGAGUGAAAUAAUUGUUCAUUGUACUCCAACAUAGUUAAUUUGCACCAUGUAAUUGGGUACAAGAUAACGGUGCUACCAAUGAUAUCGAGGCCAACCACCGUCGUUGC